AUGCCAGGGACACCUGAGCAAAAUAGUGUUUCUGAAAGACUUUACUGUCCAAAUCGCGGCACUAGAAUUGUGGAGUCCAUUACUGCUAAGUUUCUGGAGAAUGAUUUUGGAGACAGUGGGAGUUCCACGUUGAGAGAAAUUCUUGUUGAACCAAAUCAAGUUGUUGUUCCAGUUCCUGUCAUACAGGAAAGAGUUGGUUCUCAACCAAUUGAAGUUGUUAAUGAAGAACCAAGGAACCAGGAGGAAUCUCCAAUUCCUCAAACAACGAUUGAAUCGGUUCCUGAACCACAAGUUAGGAGAUCACAAAGGGAAAGAAUAUCUGCAUUGCCCAGUGAUUAUGUUACAUAUUUAUUGGAGAGCGAUUUUAAUAUUGGGCAUAUUGUUGAUCCUGUAACUUAUAACCAAGCAUUGACAAGUCGUGAUGCAGAUAAUUGGAUAGCUGUCAUGGAAGAUGAAAUGAAUUCCAUGGAAAGGAAUAAAGUUUGGGAUCUUUUGCAAUCUAAAUUUCACCUAUUCAACAGAUCAAGUCAGCUUAGGUGUCUUCGACUUGGGGGUUGCUAUGGAGUAUCAGGUGACGGCUUGAGUGAAGCAGCUAAAAGAUUUCCCCUGUUGGAAGAACUUCACUUUGUCUUUGUAACAAAUUGUAAAGAAGGUAUUGAAUCUAUUGGUCUUUCCUGCCCUAAGUUGAGAUCAUUUACACUUAGUGAGUCAGGGUACAAACACCCACAACUCCUUUGUGAUGAUGAUGCACUAGCAAUUGCAAAAAGCAUGCCAGGUUUGCACCACCUUCAACUUUUGGGAAAUAAUAUGACAAAUGAGGGCCUGCAAGCCAUUCUUUACGGUUGUCCACUCCUUGAAUCGCUUGACAUCCAGAAAUGUCUUGAUGUUGAUCUAAGUGGGGAGCUGGGGAAAAGGAUUACUCAAAAGAUCAAAAAUUUCAAGCGUCCUGACGACUCCAUGGAAGAUUGCAAGUGGAAUACUGAAAUUUUUUAUUGUGAUGAAUAUGAUGAAGAUUACUACCCCUCAUCUGAGAUUUCAAACUUUUCUUAUGGUGAUUAUUUUGGUUAUUGGUUGAACCUUGCUUGAGGUACAGGGGUUCUCUAAUAGAACCCCUACAGGUACUCACAUGGAUGGGGUGGGUGACAUUUUGCAAGACCCACCAGCUAUGAGUGCUUGUAGGGGCAGAACCCCUGUACCCUCAAUAAAAUCCAUAUUGGUUACCAUGGUGACUUUCAUUAUAGUGGAAGUGACUACGAUUC